UUCACGGAUCUUUAAACAGGUCAUAGGUCCAGCACUUGCCUUUAUAGAAGAAUCUGGCGAAGAGGAAGGGAAGAUGAGGGGAGAGACAGACCCAGCUGAUCCAAAAGCCAGAAAAGGCCCUGUUUCCACCGAGGCCGAGAGUAGAGGGGGACCAUGGGAAGGAACCGUGCAGAGGAGCCUGGGAAACGACCGCUUCCCUUCAGAUGUGCCGCGCCAGCACUUCAGGAAGUUCUGCUACCAGGAGGCUAAAGGGCCCAGAGAGGUUUGCAGCCAACUCCACCAUUUGUGUCUCCAGUGGCUGAAGCCGGAAAGGCACAGCAAGAGGGAGAUGCUGGACCUGGUGCUCCUGGAGCAGCUCCUGGCUGUCCUGCCCCCGGAGAUGGAGAACUGGGUCCGGGGAUGCAGGCCGGAGAGCAGCUCCCAGACGGUGGCCCUGGCAGAAGGCUUCCUCCUGAGCCAGGCAGAGGAGAAGAAGCAGGAGCAGCAGGUCAUAGGUCCAGCACUUGCCUUUAUAGAAGAAUCUGGCGAAGAGGAAGGGAAGAUGAGGGGAGAGACAGACCCAGCUGAUCCAAAAGCCAGAAAAGGCCCUGUUUCCACCGAGGCUGAGAGUAGAGGGGGACCAUGGGAAGGAACCGUGCAGAGGAGCCUGGGAAACGACCGCUUCCCUUCAGAUGUGCCGCGCCAGCACUUCAGGAAGUUCUGCUACCAGGAGGCUAAAGGGCCCAGAGAGGUUUGCAGCCAACUCCACCAUUUGUGUCUCCAGUGGCUGAAGCCGGAAAGGCACAGCAAGAGGGAGAUGCUGGACCUGGUGCUCCUGGAGCAGCUCCUGGCUGUCCUGCCCCCGGAGAUGGAGAACUGGGUCCGGGGAUGCAGGCCGGAGAGCAGUUCCCAGGCGGUGGCCCUGGCAGAAGGCUUCCUCCUGAGCCAGGCAGAGGAGAAGAAGCAGGAGCAGCAGGUCAUAGGUCCAGCACUUGCCUUUAUAGAAGAAUCUGGCGAAGAGGAAGGGAAGAUGAGGGGAGAGACAGACCCAGCUGAUCCAAAAGCCAGAAAAGGCCCUGUUUCCACCGAGGCCGAGAGUAGAGGGGGACCAUGGGAAGGAACCGUGCAGAGGAGCCUGGGAAACGACCGCUUCCCUUCAGAUGUGCCGCGCCAGCACUUCAGGAAGUUCUGCUACCAGGAGGCUAAAGGGCCCAGAGAGGUUUGCAGCCAACUCCACCAUUUGUGUCUCCAGUGGCUGAAGCCGGAAAGGCACAGCAAGAGGGAGAUGCUGGACCUGGUGCUCCUGGAGCAGCUCCUGGCUGUCCUGCCCCCGGAGAUGGAGAACUGGGUCCGGGGAUGCAGGCCGGAGAGCAGUUCCCAGGCGGUGGCCCUGGCAGAAGGCUUCCUCCUGAGCCAGGCAGAGGAGAAGAAGCAGGAGCAGCAGGUCAUAGGUCCAGCACUUGCCUUUAUAGAAGAAUCUGGCGAAGAGGAAGGGAAGAUGAGGGGAGAGACAGACCCAGCUGAUCCAAAAGCCAGAAAAGGCCCUGUUUCCACCGAGGCCGAGAGUAGAGGGGGACCAUGGGAAGGAACCGUGCAGAGGAGCCUGGGAAACGACCGCUUCCCUUCAGAUGUGCCGCGCCAGCACUUCAGGAAGUUCUGCUACCAGGAGGCUAAAGGGCCCAGAGAGGUUUGCAGCCAACUCCACCAUUUGUGUCUCCAGUGGCUGAAGCCGGAAAGGCACAGCAAGAGGGAGAUGCUGGACCUGGUGCUCCUGGAGCAGCUCCUGGCUGUCCUGCCCCCGGAGAUGGAGAACUGGGUCCGGGGAUGCAGGCCGGAGAGCAGUUCCCAGGCGGUGGCCCUGGCAGAAGGCUUCCUCCUGAGCCAGGCAGAGGAGAAGAAGCAGGAGCAGCAGGUCAUUGGUCCAGCACUUGCCUUUAUAGAAGAAUCUGGCGAAGAGGAAGGGAAGAUGAGGGGAGAGACAGACCCAGCUGAUCCAAAAGCCAGAAAAGGCCCUGUUUCCACCGAGGCUGAGAGUAGAGGGGGACCAUGGGAAGGAACCGUGCAGAGGAGCCUGGGAAACGACCGCUUCCCUUCAGAUGUGCCGCGCCAGCACUUCAGGAAGUUCUGCUACCAGGAGGCUAAAGGGCCCAGAGAGGUUUGCAGCCAACUCCACCAUUUGUGUCUCCAGUGGCUGAAGCCGGAAAGGCACAGCAAGAGGGAGAUGCUGGACCUGGUGCUCCUGGAGCAGCUCCUGGCUGUCCUGCCCCCGGAGAUGGAGAACUGGGUCCGGGGAUGCAGGCCGGAGAGCAGUUCCCAGGCGGUGGCCCUGGCAGAAGGCUUCCUCCUGAGCCAGGCAGAGGAGAAGAAGCAGGAGCAGCAGGUGCAGGAGAGGAUCGCGCAGGAGAGUUAUAACGGAACAACUUUUCCAGGUGGUGCCUUGAAACCAGUGAUAUCUUCUUUGGUAUCAUUGUGUGGCAGAGAAAAAGCCACUUCCAUGCAGCAGGACUCGGGUCCAGUGACCUUGGAGGAGGUGUCUGUGCACUUCACGGAGGAGGAGUGGGCGCUGCUGGAUCCGGACCAAAGACGCCUUCACAAGGAGGUCAUGGAGGACAACCGUCAGAAUGUGGCCUCUCUGGAGCCUGAAGGUCCCCAGGAAAAGCUCAAGGGAGGACCACAAGAGCUCCCUCUGGAAGGGAAACAGCAAACAGGCCACAGUGGAACAGACCGGAAGAGGGGGAGUGAAUCCUCUGCUUCUAAGGGUGCUGAAUCCCAGGACUUCCCCCCAGACCAAGGGAAGAUCAGUUGCCCUGUGUGUGGAAAAACAUUCAGAUCUAAAUCACUGCUUGAUAGACACUGGAGAAGCCACACAGGGGAGAAACCGUAUAAAUGUUUGGAGUGUGGAAAGGGAUUUAUUCAGAAUGGCAGCCUUAUUGCCCAUCAACGUUUCCACACAGGGGAGAAACCGUACAAAUGUUUGGAGUGUGGAAAGGCCUUUGUUCGGAAGGGACACUUUUUGGAACACAAAAACAUUCACACAGGGUGGAAACCUCAUAAAUGCUUGGACUGUGGUAAGAGCUUUGCUCGGAGAAGAGCUGUUACUAUCCAUCGUCGAAUCCACACAGGGGAGAAACCUUAUAUAUGUUUGGAGUGUGGAAAGAGAUUUACUCACAGAACCAGCCUUACUGUCCAUCAACAUUUACACACAGGGGAGAAACCACAUGCAUGUUUGGAGUGUGGAAAGAGAUUUACUCAGAGAGCCAGCCUUACUGCCCAUCAGUGUUUCCACACAGGGGAGAAACAAUAUGCAUGUUCAGAGUGUGGAAAGAGAUUUACUCAGAGAGCCAACCUUACUGCCCAUCAACAUUUUCACAAAGGGGAGAAACCAUAUGCAUGUCUGGAGUGUGGAAAGAGAUUUACUCACAGAGCCAACCUUACUGUCCAUCAACGUUUCCACACAGGGAAGAAACCAUAUAAAUGUUUGGAGUGUGGAAAGAGCUUUUCUCAGAAGAUACAGCUUACUACCCAUCAAAGUAUUCACAUAGGGGAGAAACCAUAUAAGUGUUUGGAUUGUGGAAAGGCCUUUGUUUGGAAGAACCAACUUUUGGUACACAAAAUCACUCAUACAGGGGAGAGACCAUAUCAAUGUUUGGAGUGUGGAAAGAGAUUUACUCAGAGAUCCAACCUUACUGCCCAUCAACGAAUCCACACAGGGGAGAAACCAUAUAAAUGCAUGGAGUGUGGAAAAAGCUUUGUUUGGAAUAAAGAUCUUACUACCCAUCAACGAACCCACACGGGGGAGAAACCAUAUAAAUGUACUGAUUGUGGAAAGAGCUUUGCUCGGAGUAAAGAUUUUACCAUCCAUCGACGAAUUCACACAGGAGAGAAACCAUACAAAUGUUCUGAGUGUGAAAAGAGCUUUUCUAACAGUAAAGAUCUUACUAUCCAUCGACGAACCCAUACAGGGGAGAAACCAUAUAAAUGCUUGGAGUGUGGCAGGAGCUUUGCUGUGAUUGGAGGACUUGCUGGUCAUCAAAAGAUCCACACAGGGGAGAAACCAUUUAAAUGCUUGGAGUGUGGCAAGAGCUUUGCUCGAAGUGCAUACCUUGCUGUCCAUCAACGUAUCCACAAAGGGAAAAAAACAUAUGCUUGACAUGUGGAAAGACCUUCAACUAAAACACAGAGCUCAACUACCAUGAGAGAAUCCAUGAAUCCAUGAAGAAGAGAAAUCAUCUAUGUGUUUGUAGCGUGGAAAGGGCUUUCUUGGGAAUGGAACUCUCAGGAGAAACCAUACUCUGUCUUCCUCCUCAACAGGGAUCUGAAAUGGGUUACAUUGUUCUCCUUCAAUUUUUCCUCUCAGUAAUUCCUGCUGAAGGGGAAGUUAGGCUGAGAAUGAGUCACUGGCCCACAGUCAGCCAGCAACUUCCAAAAUGAUAAGUGGGAUUUGGACAGAAACUCUGACCACUUGCUGGGAACCAACAUUAAGAUAAUUCACAUGCUGGUAUUCCCCAUUACUGUCAAGCUUGAAUUCUCCCCAGAAGCUAAAAUGACAAAACUGAGGCUAUUGUAUUUUGGUCACAUCAUGAGAAGACAAGACUCACUGGGAAAGACAAUAAUGCUUGAAAAGGUGGAAGGUAGUAGGAAAGGAGGAAGACCCAAAAUGUGAUGGCUUGACUCAGUAAAGGAAGCCACGAUCUCCAGUUUGCCAUGUCUGAGCAAGGUUGUUAAUGAUAGGACAUUUUGUUUAAUUCAUACGGUUGUCAUAAGUCAAAAGUGGCUUCAUGGCAGACCUCACUCGCACACACACAGACACAGACACACAUGUUCUACCUUCCCUGUCUGUGCUUUUUAACAACUUUAUUCUUUCCGUUUUUCAGUAAAGGUUUCUGUAUUUUUCCAAGAGUGGUGUUUAUUUGUUAGCGAGACCACCUUGGAACCCAGGAAAGGUUCUUCUGGCAGAUUUUUCUGGCUCCUCGGCAUUCCAAGUAUUGGAAUGAGGAUGACACAUUGCAACCAGGGUGUUUAGGCUCUCUCGAGCAAUCGAUCACAUAGAUAUGAGAGGCCAAGACUAUGACACCAUAUGAAGAUCAUGUAAAAGCCAAUACCUUGAACUGAUGAGUAGCCAAUUGAAUGACUGCAAAAUGCGAGUAAUAACCAUGCUCCACCUAACUCCUAAUAAUAAUCGGAGUUGUUCUGCACCAACUGGAGUCUCUGAGAUAACUUAGAGGGGAGCCCUAUGAGGAGUGCAUUACAGCAGCCUAGUCUCAAUGUUACCGUGGGAUGGAUCCAGGUGGCCAGAUCAGCCAUGCCAAGGCAGGGGGCCAUCUUUCGGAUUAAACUGAGUUCGAAGUUUGAGGAGUUCUUUGCAGCUCCAUUAACUGGCUUCUCUAGCAGCCAUACUGGAUCCAGUAUAACACCUAGGAUCUUAAUGGAGGCUGCAGGUGUAGUGUACUGGGAUCUUCAAGCAAAGAUCCUUUGUUAGAGAGGCACCUUGCAGCCACACUCAGAUUAGCUGGGCUUUUUGAGCUGGCCAAUCAGGAUACUCCUACAGGCUAAUGAUUAUUGAAUGGGGAUUCAAAAUACUGGGUGUUUGCCAUUGGUUGAAUUGAAUUGGGAGGUGUUUUGGUGGUGGGCUGUGUGUAUAUAUAGCUGCAGCAUGUAUUUCAGUGGUGUUCCUUCUAAUAAAAAAGCUAUGCUGAAAUCACUCUAGCGUCUGAACCCACUACUUUACAGCAAGGGUCAAUUGAACUGCAUUGAAAUUGGAGAGUACAAUGUCCUUCAAGAUCUCCAGCUUCCCACAACCAGGAUCUCCUCCCUGUUGUCUGGGUUCAGUUUCAGUUUGUUUGCUUUUAGC